UUUCCCCUGUUCAGUUGCGCGUGUGGCAGCUUCGGAGGUUGGUCGUCUGCUGUUUGUUGCAUAUGUGACGGAAACGAAGGUAGUAAACAUCUCAAAAGCAUGGCAGCCAAAUUUAUUUACUGUAAAAUUGCUUGUCGGAGUUUGCUGACCAAUGUGAACAGAUUAAAAAUGCAUCAAAAAAAUUUCGGAAGAUUGGCUUCUUCUGUUGGAUUCAUAGGACUAGGGAACAUGGGCAGUCAUAUGGCUAGAAAUCUGAUGGUGAAAGGUCAUAGCAUAACAGUAUAUGAUGUACAUCCAGAAAGGAUUACACAACUUGUAGACAGUGGUGCAUUAUUUGCUCAGCAUCCAGCAGAAGUAGCUCAAAAUUGUGAUCGUAUCAUUACAAUGUUACCCUCUAGUCCACAUGUACAAGAAGUUUAUACUGCUGAGCAAGGAAUUUUUCAACAAGUCAAGCCAGGAGCAUUGCUAAUAGAUUGUUCAACAAUUGAUCCCUCUGUUACCCGUGAACUUGCCAUAAGAGCCCAAAAGAGAGGAGCUGUUUACCUAGAUGCUCCAGUCUCGGGAGGUGUGAAUGCUGCCAAAAAUGGAACCCUCACAUUUAUGGUUGGUGGAAAAGAAUCUGAAUUUGAAGCUGUUAAAGAUCUCCUUCUUUGUAUGGGUGAAAAUGCUGUGCAUUGUGGUGAUGUAGGUACUGGUCAAGGUGCAAAAAUCUGCAAUAACAUGGCUCUUGCUAUUUCAAUGAUUGGAACAUCUGAAGCCAUGAAUUUGGGAAUCCGGUUAGGAUUAGAUCCAAAAAUGAUGGGUAAGAUUCUGAAUAUGAGCUCAGGAAGAUGCUGGGCAAGUGAAGUCUACAAUCCUGUACCUGGAGUAAUGGAAAAUGUUCCUUCAACUAAUGGCUACCAAGGAGGAUUUGGUACAGCUUUAAUGGCCAAAGAUCUUGGAUUAGCGCAACUAGCAGCAACAAAGACAUCAUCCCCAACUCCAUUAGGUUCCUUAGCUCAUCAAAUAUACCGAAUGAUGAUAAAUAGUGGAUUGUCAAACAAAGAUUUUUCUUCUGUAUUCCUGUAUCUACAGGAAGGACACACUUUUAAUGGGAAGAAAUGAAGGUUUAUAAACACCUUCUAUACUUAUGAACAAGACCAAUCUUGUAAAUAGAAAAGGAGGCUGUAAAACGUCUGGCCAAGCUGUCAUGUAUUUUAUACUUUUGGUGGAAUUUGUAUUUUUUAAAUGUGUUUACCCUAUUUUACUAUUAUCAAUUUAGUCAUUGAAAAUCUCAGGGUAAACUGUUAAGGAAUUCAAUUGUGUAUGUUAACAAUAUCUUGUUUGAACAUUUCUCCUCACAUUUAUGUUUGUGAAUUAAAUGUUCAUUUUCCUAGCCCUGAUAUUUCUACAUAUAACUGUUUGAAGAAAUUAAAGUCUGUUUUGUUUGUCUGUAUUAUCAAAUUUAUGUAUGAAUCUUGUAUGAAAUUAAAAAGAAUGUUUAUAGAA